AUGUCCUCCAUAAUCUCCCCAACAGCCAAGGAAGACCGCCCUCUAACCCAAUUCCAAAAAGACGGCCUCCUGGUCCAACGCCUCCAAGAAAGCAUCUUCCCAACAACAAUCUACCUCUCCGAUGACUUCAAAUCCAAAUACCUAAUCUCCGCAGAAAACGUCACCUCUCCCUACCCAUCCCCUCAACAACUCCCCAUACUAACAAUCCACAACAACCCAGCCAACAAGACAAUCAAAAUCACCCACGUCCUCCUCCCAAGAACCCUACACCCCCUACUAUCCCGCUAUUACGCACCAAGCAGGGAAAUCGAAAAGGCAGGCACCCUGCCUAAAACAACACACUGGGUAGGUUUCGAUUUAAAAUUCAUGCAGCGCUACAAAGAGGGCAGCGAUUUUAUCACCGCGCUCGAUCAUGCAAUGGAAAUUGGGGGUAUGGCGUUCAUCGUGGAUGAUCCGGCGGAUGCACCCGUCAAGGCGUUUAUGAUGGAAAUUCGGGGUAUGUUCCGUGGUGAAGAUGAUAUUUUGGCUUCGGCGCAGAGACAGGUGCAUGUUUUGGGUCAGAUGGUUUUUGGUAAGUAUUUUACUCUUGGACCGGAGGUUUUGGGGUGGAAUGGGGAGGGGAAGGAGGAGAAUGGUGAGUCUGGGGUUGAGAAUGCGUGGCCGAUGAAUGUGGCCGAGGGGUCGGUGUCGAAGUCGAGGUCGAGGAAGGCUUCUAGUGUGAAUUUUUGGUUUCAGUAG